AUGGAAACGAGAAAGAGGUUGGCCAAGCAAUCAAGGACUCGGGAGUCCCCAGAGAAGAAAUCUUCGUCACAUCCAAGUUGUGGAACGAUGACCACAAGAAUCCAAGUGCAGCCUUUGAAAAAUCUUUUGAAGGACUUGGGAUUGGAGUACCUCGACUUGUACUUGAUGCAUUGGCCAGUCAGCAACUCGGAUGGUAGAAAGAGUGAGGAGAAGGACUAUGACUACAUUGAAACUUACAAGAAGAUGCAAGAGUUGGCCAAAUCCGGCAAGGCAAAGGCCAUUGGCAUUAGCAACUUCACAAAGGAGCGUAUUGAAAAGUUGUUGUCUGACCCAGAAGUCACCAUUAAGCCAGCUGCUCUUCAGAUUGAAGCACACCCAUUGUUGACCCAACCCGAAUUGUUCAACUACGCGAAGAAGGAAAACAUCUUGAUUGAAGCUUACUCGCCCUUGGGACACAGUAGUGGCGACUCACCAUUGUUUAAAAAUUCGCUCAUAACAUCGGUGGCUGAGAAAUAUGGCGUGGAUCCAGCCCAGGUUCUUAUCAGUUGGGCGGUACAAAGAGGAACUGUGGUAUUGCCCAAAUCUGUGCACGAAGAGAGAAUCAUCUCUAACUUGAAGACUUUCACAUUGGCUGAUGAAGACUUUGAGGCUUUGAACAAUUUGAGCAAGAAGGAAGGUUCUCAAAGAGUGAAUGACACCCCAUGGGAUGUGUUUUCGAAUGACCCAUGA